AUGCCCGAUUCGAUGAUGGACAUGGAGCAUCGGGACCACCAGCUGCACCGCCAGCAGCAGCAGUCGCACCACCAUCAGCCAGGUCGCCUAGCAGCCAGCACCAGCACAUUUGCACCACCGGCGCCGACGAGCACGCAGCCGGAAGAACGGGACAGGGACAGGGAGAGGGACCACCAUCUGCACCACCAUCAGACCAACAAUGUGGCCUCGUCACCACUGCCAGUGAAUGCCUCCAUUCAACUGCACCAACAGCAGCAGCCGCAGCCGCAGCAGCAACAACAGCAGCAGCAGCAACCACUGACGCAGUUGCAGCAACCACAGUUGAGGGAACGCGAGCACCACCAACAGCCGCAGCAGCAACAGCAGCAGCAGAUGAUGCAGCAGCCACCACAGCAGCAGAUGCAGCAGCAGCAACAGCAGCAGCAGCAGCAACUGCCGCACAGUCAUCAUGCCCUCAUGCAGCAAUCGCAACAGCAGCAGGCCAUCCAUCGAGCCGAGGCGCGAAGAGAUACACAAGCAAAACAUUCACAUGGAUUUCUCUAUUCGGACGAGGAAAUCAGCGAUAAGGCAUCAACAUGCGGCAAAUUGCUAAUAUUUCUCUCCGUGGCUCUUGUGAUAAUGACGCUACCCUUCAGUCUCUUCGUCUGCUUCAAGGUGGUGCAGGAGUACGAGCGCGCGGUUAUCUUCCGUUUGGGUCGCCUCAUGCAGGGCGGUGCCAAGGGCCCAGGUAUCUUCUUCAUCCUGCCCUGCAUCGACUCCUAUGCCCGCGUGGACUUGCGUACCCGCACCUACGACGUGCCACCGCAGGAGGUUCUCACAAAGGAUAGCGUUACGGUUUCGGUGGAUGCAGUGGUUUACUAUCGGGUAUCAAAUGCAACCGUCUCUAUCGCGAACGUGGAAAAUGCUCACCAUUCGACCAGGCUACUGGCACAGACUACUCUACGAAACACAAUGGGAACUCGGCAUUUGCAUGAGAUACUCAGCGAGCGUAUGACGAUUUCCGGCACAAUGCAGGUUCAACUCGACGAAGCCACCGAUGCCUGGGGCAUCAAAGUUGAACGUGUUGAAAUCAAGGACGUGCGCCUGCCCGUGCAACUGCAACGUGCCAUGGCCGCCGAGGCAGAAGCCGCCCGAGAAGCCCGCGCCAAAGUCAUCGCCGCCGAAGGAGAACAGAAGGCGUCGCGGGCACUUCGCGAGGCAUCGGAGGUGAUUGGCGAUUCGCCGGCAGCACUCCAACUGCGAUACCUUCAGACACUUAACACCAUAUCCGCGGAGAAGAACUCGACCAUUGUGUUCCCGCUGCCCAUCGAUUUAAUAACGUAUUUCCUCAAGACCAACGAGGCCACAACGCAGCAAAAUGCCCGAAAAGCUGCGGCAGCAAUUGGCAAUACACCGCCGCCGUUGCAAUUGGCACCGCAGCAGCAGCAAAUGCAGCCGCAACAACAGCAGCAGCAGUACCAACAGCAACAGCAACCGCAGCAGCAAUAUCAGCAGCAGCAGCAGCAGCAGCAACAACCACAGCAGCAGCAGCAACAACCGCAGCAGCAGCAACAACAACCGCAGCAACAGGAUCAACUCUAUCAACAGGGGCAGCAGAUCUCAUCAGCCAUGUAAAUCAGCUUAAGAUCAUUAAAAGGUUCGGCCUUGUCGACCCCAAAAUGCCCUGCAUAAAGCUGAAAAAGCUAUGGAUAACCUUGAAGAUUGCAACUAAACACACUUCAGAGAUAUCAGAACAUCUACACCUCCUUGUUACAAAUUCUUAUCCACAUAUCGAUAGGAGAAACGUGUUAACGUUUUGAUGUCGUGAUGUCGUUUUCCAGUCGCCAAUAUGCAAUAACAAUUUCUAGAACUAGGUAGCUCAGACGUCCAACUUAAAAUGUGUAUCUCAAUCCCUAUCCCCCCUACCCCGAGAUGCUCAUUUUUGGGUUAUUUGGCUUUAGGGAAUGUAAUUUGGAUAGGUAUUUCUUAUCAAGAAACCUAGAUAAAUGUGCUUUUCUGGGGUUAAUAAAAAAGCAGUCUUCGAUUAGGAAUCUAAUAUAUAUUUGUGCAGAGCAUUCUCAAUAAAAAAAAACAAAAACCAUCGGAAACAACGAUUCAGGAGAAUCAAAAACUUAGUUCAUAACACCGAUAAGUGCGAUUCGAAUGCGUUAGCCGGCAGCAGAUCCUUCCAGACAAAAUUAGGAGGGAUCUGAGGUCAAAUAGUUACGAAAAUACAAACCUAGAAUAGUUUCAUACGAGGCGAAGAAUAGUGUUUAAUAUUGGUAGCUUUACGACCAGAGGAUGCAAUUCUUUAUAUUUAAUGUAGGACCUAGCAGUGCAACUCAAGAUUGCCACACAUUUAUAUAUAAAAUAAAAAGCAUGCCUCAAAUAUAAUAUUGAAUUGACACCAUAUUUAUAUAAAAAAUAAAAAUCAUGCCUAAAAUAUAGUAUUGAAUUGACACCACGUUUACAUAAAUAAUAAAAGACAUGCCUCAAAUAUAAUAUUAAAAUGACACCACUUGACACCAAUCUAUGGUCGCUGAGGUGAAAAUUCUAAAACCAACUAGUUUUGAAAGUCUCGAAUUAAGAAAUUUGAAAUAGUCAAAAAUAGUUGGUUUGGUUUUGUAUUUUCACACCAAUAACUGAGUGAACCACAGAUUCUUUUUUUUAAAUCAUUAUUCAACGAAGGUCCGUUUCCUUGAAUACAAGUUAACUAAAGAUAUUAUCUUAUACUUUAAAAUCGCAACGCCUUGUUUAUUAUAAAAGUACUUUAUUUAUGGAGAUGAAGCGUUGACUAAAUUAAGAAAGCGGGCCUGCAUUGAACACAAAUAUCUCAUAGAACCGUUGCCGAAGGCAUUUUGUAAAUGUUUAUCAGUAAGAUGUUUGCCCUGUUAAAUAUGGAGAUUUCAGAUGACUCGAUAUAUUGCUGUAUACUUAGCUAUGCCAAUUUACGUAUAAGUCGUGAUCAGAAUACCCGUAUAAACUAGAGUAAACGUUGUCCACAAACCAAUUAAAACUUUAUAGGACUUUAAUAACUCUAAAUAUGAACAGUUGUACCCAUAUGGUACAUCCCACAUUCCUACAAUUUCAAAAACUGUUAUUCUGUUUCAACUGGAGUUAAUCCAGGAACCUAGAUGAUUUGUUCCAUAAUGGUGGGUUUAGAAUGAUGGCUAAACCCACUUGUACAGAACAAAUCCCUAGUCAGCAACGUUCGUAGGUCCAAAAUACGAAUGCCAAACAAUAAAUAAGAGUAAUACGAAUUUAUUGUACAUACAAUAAACUAAUAGAGCAAUUAAGCCGUGCAGAACUGGUUUUACCCCAUUGAACUACCAAUUAAAAUUGGAUAUUAUAUCAGAUAUAUGUACACCAAACACACACAACAACACAAACACAGGAAGCAAGAACGUCAGCUCUCUCUCGAAGUAGCAAGUGGCUACUAAAAUGGAAAAUUGGCUAAAACUAAUGUAGUAAAUGUCGAGCAAAAAAAAAUAACUAAAUAAAAGUGCAUUUGCAACACAGAAACGUUUACUUUUUAGCGCACUUCAUGGAUUACAAAAAA